GCUGUUCCUUUUGGUCACAUCUUAUGGCUUAUUAUCAAUUGGAAACCAACGAUGCCAUCGAUGGCGCCAAACAUAAAGCCAUUGAUUCAUCGCAAUUAACUCCUGCAUUGUCUCAGAUGUCAAUGGAUUCGUCGCCACAAUCGACUCCUUCCUCUCCUUCCAAGUCGUCACAAGUGAAUUACAGUAUCAAUAGUAAGAGUCCAUUCAAAUCGUUGCCCACAACUAUUUUAUACGAUAUCAGAUUUGAUUGCAAUCGUUGGUUUGGACGCAACAUAGAAGAGGGAUCAACAGAACGAGUACUCAUCGGUGAGCUGUUGAGCGGUUCGUCG